UUUGAGCUCUACGUCUCGCCGUAAGCAAAAGAGGGCGUGGCUUCCAAGAUGUAACGGAAGUAGUAAAGCAUCACGGGAAAACACGUGUGGAGCUGUGCUGUAACAUCGCACGAAAACCCAGUUGGUUGAUGCUUUCAUCAGGCUCUUCCAAAUAAUCACCAUGGCCUCCAAAAACACUGUAAGGGGUGACGACCGCUUCACGAAGGUCCAGAAGGACCCUCGUUUCUGGGAGAUGCCCAGCAGAGAGCACAAAGUCAAAAUUGACAAGCGUUUCAAGUCCAUGUUCCACGACGAACGCUUUAAACUGAAGUAUACAGUUGAUAAACGUGGCCGACCCGUCAGCCAUACGUCCACCGAGGACCUCAAGCGUUUCUACAAGCUCUCUGACUCCGAGCAGUCAGACGAGGAAGAGGAGAACGAGAAGACGGAAAAGCCCAAGAAGGAAAAGAAAGUGAAAAAGGCUGAUGAGGAACCUCAGGUUGAGGAUGAAGAAGAGAGCGAUGAAUCUGAAGAGGAGGAAGACGCCGAGAAGAUCCCGAAGACAAAAGAAGCUAAGAAAACAAAAGAGCCUCUGGUAAAGGGAGUGAGAGUGUUUGAAGAAGAUGAGGACGAGGAAUCUGGUGUUGAAGAGGAUGAGGAAGAUGAUGAAGAUGUGGAAGAGGGUCCUUCUGAGGGUGAGGAUGAGGAGGAGGAGGCUGAUGAAGAUGACGAGAGCGAGUCGGGUGAUGACAGCGGACCAGAUCUGGCCCGAGGGAAGGGUAACAUUGAGACCAGCUCUGAUGAAGAUGAUGAUGAUGAUGAAGAGCUGGAGGAAUAUCUGCGCCGUGAGGAAGAGGAGAUUGAGCAUGACUGGGGAGAGAUGUGGAAAGAUGCUCCAUGCGGUGACAAUACCUCCCGACGGCUGGCGGUUUGUAACAUGAACUGGGACAGACUGAAAGCUAAAGAUCUUCUGGCUCUCUUCAGUUCGUUUAAGCCCAAAGGAGGCGUGGUGCUGUCUGUGACGAUCUAUCCGUCUGAGUUCGGGAAGGAGAGGAUGAGUGCAGAACAGACUCAGGGUCCGCUGGAGCUCACCAGCCUCCCGGAGAACCCUGACACCGACACAGAGGAGCAAAGGAUCUACCGAGAGAAAGUGCGAGACUAUCAGUUCAAGCGUCUGAGGUAUUACUACGCCGUGGUGGAGUGUGACUCCGUCGAAACAGCAGCAAAGAUUUACGAGGAGUGUGAUGGCUAUGAGUACGAGAGCAGCUGCUCGAUGAUCGACCUGCGGUUUAUCCCUGAUGACGUGACGUUUGACGACGAGCCCAAAGACAGAGCCACUGAUGUGGAUUACAGUUCCUACAAGCCCAAACUCUUCACAUCCACGGCCACCACCACAGCCAAGGUUGAGCUGACGUGGGAUGAAACGGAUCACGACCGGGUCACGGCUCUCUGCAGGAAGUUCAAUAAAGACGACCUGUUGGACAUGGACUUCAAGGCUUACCUGGCCUCCUCCAGUGAGGAGGAGGAUGAGGAUGAGGAAGAGGUAGAGCCACAGACAGAAGCUGAGAAGCCCGUUGAGCCUCUUCCUGAGGAGAAAAAGGGCAGUAAAGAGAAGAAGAGUACAGAGCAGAUCGCUAAAUACAGACAACUACUGAAGAGCAUUCAGGACAAAGACAAGGAGAAGGAUGACGGCAUGGAUAUGGAAGUCACAUGGGUUCCAGGACUGAAGGAAACAACUGAAAAGCUUGUGAAGAAUAAAAUGGAGGGCAAAGAUCAGCUGACUCCGUGGGAGCAGUACCUGCAGAAGAGAAAGGAGAAAAAGAAAGAUAAAAGGAAAGGAAAGAAGGAAGCUGCGGAGGCGGAGCCUGUGAUCAGUGAUGAUGAACUUCCUGCUGAUGUUGACCUCAAUGACCCCUUCUUCAAAGAGGAGCUCGGCUCAACAGCAUCCCUGAAAAACAAAAAGAACAAGAAGAACAGGAAGAAGGAUGAAGGGAGGACACCAGAAGAACAGGAAGAGCUGGAGAGACAGAGGGCUGAGAUGGAGCUGCUGAUGGACGAUGAAGAAGACAAGCACAAACAUUUCAACUACGACAAGAUCGUAGAGCAGCAGAACCUGAGCAAGAAGAAGAGGAAGAAACUCCUGAAGAGCAACACGCCUCUGGAGGAGGACGACUUCCAGGUGGACGUUCAAGACUCUCGCUUCCAGGCCAUGUUCACGUCCCAUCUCUACAACCUGGACCCGUCCGACCCGGCCUACAAGAAGACCAAAGCAACGCAGAGCAUCUUAGAGGAGAAACAGAGACGCAGAGAGGAGCGACAGCACAGCCAGGAGGAGACGCUGAAGAGCAGAGCCGCGCAGGAGAAGGACGGAGCAGAGGCACCAUCAUCCUCCACUAAAGUCAUGGACCCCAGUUUAUCACUGCUCAUCAAAUCCAUCAAGAACAAAACUGAACAGUUUCAAGCACGCAAGAAACAAAAGACAAAAUGACUCAAGUCUGAAGUGGAUUCAUUGCUGUUUUAUAUAACAGAGUCUUUGUGUGUUAGUUUAGUGACUCAUUUGUGCUUGGAGACAAAAUGAGAAGUUUUUGAUAAUAAACAUCAUACUUUCUCCUAGUUCAAAAUCGAUAAAUUAUGUUUGCUUCAGAUUUUUGUAAUCGACCUGCCAUUUAUGGACGAAAUCGUCAAGGGUUUGUUUACACUGUACACAAAAUCUCAUGAUCUGCUGCUUCAGACCGGUGUAUCUAGAUCAGUGCUUCCCAAACCUGUUCUCAAGAAACCCAAAUACUACAUGUUUUGUGUGUCUCCCUCAUCUAACACACCUGAUUCAGCUCAUCAGCUCAUUAGUAGAGAUUGCAAGAGCUAAGUGUGACCUGCUGUAGUUUGAGGCUAAGCGUAUCCCAUCAUUCAUCAAGUGCUCUGAAAUCAUGAGAUUUUCAAGGUUUCAAAUUAAUUGGAUUAUACAUCCAUUUUGGUAGUACAAUGUAAAGUGUAGCAGAUUUAAUUGGUGCAGAGAUGAGCAUGUGUACAGUGUAAAAUGCUGUUUUGAGUCCAAUAUAGGUAAUUUGUGUAGAUCCAGGGAGUUUUCAAAGUUGAAUAGAGGAGGUGGGUUUGUGAGGAGUCAGUCGCAAUGAAAUGAGAACCAUGUUUUGAGUCAUCAAAAAAGAAAAAAAUGAUGUUUGAAAUUAAGUCAGUCAUGCAGAAUUAGUAUUGUAAUUUUAGUGGUGUUCUGCAAAAAAUAAAUACUAUUUCUUUAUUUUACAGCCAA